CAGUACACAGCAGGUGUAUGGGUCGGCUCUAGGACCCCGCGGCUCCCGCAGCUGCACGGCUGUCCUCCCCUGUCUGCCUGUCCCGGGGAGACAUUAAUAGCUGCUCCCGGCACAGCGGCCUCUUCCUUCUGUCUCCGGCCCCGCACAUCACACCCUCCGCGGACACCAUGGGACCCCCCGAUGGGAUCGAGCGCUUCAUAAGCCCCGGGAAAGGCCGAGGGAUGCGGGCAGUACGUGACUACAGGCUGGGCGAACUGCUGUUCUCCUGCCCGGCCUACACCUCCGUCCUCACUGUCAAUGAGCGCGGCAACCAGUGCGAUCACUGCUUCUCCAGAAAAGAAGGGCUUUCAAAAUGUGGCAAAUGCAAGCAGGCCUUUUACUGCAAUGUGGACUGUCAGAAAGGAGAUUGGCCCAUGCACAAGUUGGAAUGCUCCUCGAUGUGCACGUACGGACAGAACUGGAACCCCUCGGAAACCGUAAGACUCACUGCAAGGAUACUGGCCAAACAGAAAUUGCAUCCAGAGAGAACGCCAUCAGAGAAAUUUCUGUCCGUGAAGGAAUUUGAAGCUCACCUUGACAAACUUGACAAUGAAAAGAGAGAACUCAUUCAGAACGAUAUCGCUGCCUUGCAUCACUUCUACUCCAAGAAUUUGCACUACGGUGACAAUGCCGCACUUGAAGUUCUCUUUGCACAGGUUAACUGCAAUGGCUUUACCAUCGAAGACGAGGAGCUGUCUCACUUGGGAUCGGCCAUAUUCCCGGACGUUGCACUCAUGAAUCACAGCUGUUGCCCCAACGUGAUUGUGACCUACAAGGGCACCGUGGCCGAUGUGCGGGCCGUGCAGGAGAUCCACGCUGGAGAUGAGGUGUUCACCAGUUAUAUAGACCUGCUCUAUCCUACAGAAGAUCGAAAUGACAGACUUAAGGAUUCCUAUUUUUUCACCUGUGACUGCAAGGAGUGCACCACCAAGCAGAAGGAUCCAGCAAAAAUGGAGAUCAGGAAACUCAGUGACCCUCCCAGUCCUAAGACCAUACGAGACAUGAUCAAUUAUGCCCGCAACGUGGUGGAGGAGUUCCGGAGGGCAAAACAUUACAAAACUCCCAAUGAGCUGCUGGAGAUGUGUGAGCUAAGCAUAGAGAAGAUGGGCGCCGUGUUCGAGGAGAGCAACGUGUACAUGUUACAUAUGAUGUACCAGUCCAUGGGCGUCUGCCUGUACCUGCAGGACUGGGAAGGUGCUCUGAAGUACGGGCAGAAAAUAGUUCAACCCUACAGUAAGCACUAUCCGCCCUACUCCCUGAAUGUCGCCUCCAUGUGGCUGAAGCUGGGACGACUUUACAUGGGCCUGGAAAAGAAAUCGUCCGGGAUAAAAGCCCUGAAAAAGGCCAUCGCUAUUAUGGAGAUAGCGCACGGUGCCGAUCACCAUUAUGUAGCCGAAGUAAAGAAGGAGCUGGAACAAUGAAGUCUGAGGUCUAUGCAACGCACUUCUCCUCCUUAAAUGUUAGUCAGAAUGCAAACGUGUAUGUCUGUAUGGAGCCGCUAAGCGACGUGCUGCUUUACCCCGUGUGCUGGAGCUGAACACCUGAAAUCUAUAUUUAUUCUUUGUCCCGUCAUGGCAUGUCUCACCCACAGCACUCAGGGGCUUCUUCGCUAAAAAUCGGACGAUACUUUUCAUGCCGCCACUAGGGGGCACUCUUGGAACACUCAUCCUUGGAUGAACUGUAAACCCUGCAGGGGUUGUUGUAGCAUUUAAAGGGCUACAUGUCCAGCGCCCGUGUAGCAGAAACAUAAAAUCUGCAGGAAUAGAAAAUAAUAAAAAAAAAAAAAAAAAAAAUUCUGACCACUUUCUACUUUGAAAAAAAUAAUAAUUUAGUCAAUUUUUAAAAUUUCAUUUAAUUUCUAUCUCAACGUGAGCUAUUGAUUUCUGACAGCGUUCCGUCCUGCACAGAACCCAGUCUUUUUUUUUUUUCGUUUGAUGAUGGCAGCCUUCUAAGGCUAUGUUCACACGGCAGACUUCCCGAGUUGAUAUUCCCGCAGGACCCCUGGGAUAGGCGCAGUCUAUGGUGUUUCCGAGACGAAAUCGGCAUUUACCACGGCAGAUGCGGAAAUUCUGCGGUGUGCAUUGAAAACAGUGGAACUCUGCUGCAACUAAAUUUCCGUGUGGAAUAUUUCCGCCGUCUGAACAUAGCCUGAGACAUCUCAAUUUCACGCCUGCAACGUAUACUGAAGCUAAUAAUUUUUGGCAAUUGUUUUAUGAUUUUUGGAUGAAAAUAUAUAUAUAAUUUUUUUUUGGUUCAUUUCUUUUUAGAAAUGUUAAAAUGCUUUUUUUUUUUUUUUCUCUUUGUUUUGCCUGCAACCAAAGUUUUGUCCCUGAGUUUUAUUACGGAAUUGCUGUUUAUCACUGCAAAGUAAUUAAAAAAAAAAAGAGAGAAAA